AUGUCUGUCCCAAGUGCAAGUCCAGCAUGCAACCCUCCUCCACCUCCUCAACCCAUCGAACCCCCGAUCCUCCUCCAAACCGAGCGCCACAAGACCUACUACGAAAGCACCCGACUCGCGCGGCGCCGCUAUGAGCACGCCACCCUCCGCGAGGGUCUGCAGCGGGGAUUAUCGCUCUGGAGCAUUCUGGCCAUAUUGUCCAGUGGAGGACACGAGGAUGUCCCCUAUCGCGGGAGGAGAGUGGAUCCUUCGAGGCUGAUUAGCUAUAGCCAUGGCCAGCGACUUGAGGACUGCAAUAGCAGCAUGGGCUGCGAAUCUACAGCCAUGCACUACGCCCACGCCAACACCCACACCCACAAUGAACCUCCGCUCGAAAGACGCGAGCAGCGUCCAAACAUGUUUUCCUCAUAUCCGCAGAGCCAAGUUCCGAUUCACCAUCGAAACACAAGUGAAUACUACAACAGCAGCAGUAGCAGCAGCAACAGCAACACAACCCCCUCACCCCCACGCCUACCCCAACAUCACCACCACCAAUCCCAAAAAAUCAACCCCCUUCUCACCCUCACCAUCAAUCCUCCCCUCAUCACCCCGGAUAGCUCCUACUUUGCCCGUGUCUCGGACUACCGGGUGCGCAGCCGGAAGCGGCCGUGGGAGGGGGACCGGAGCUGGGACCGGAGCUUUUUGUGUCGGGCUUAUAAGCGGCGGCGGGGUGGUGGUGGGGCUGGGGCUGGGGCUGGGGCUGGGGCUGGGGCGUUAGGUAUUGGGUCCGAUGGGAGGAGGGUGCGAGGGGGUGGUAGUGGUGGGGCGGUGGUUUUGGAGAGGGGGAUGGUUUGGGAGAUGGGGGGUUGUGGUUCUGAUAUCAAGGGGAAGGAGGGGGAGGGAGGAAGAGAUUAUGGGGAGGGCGAUGGGGAUGGGGAUGAGGAUGGGGGGAGGUGGCGGUAUUGGGUUCCUGUUUAG